CUCUUCAUUCACACCUUAAUAUCACCUUCAAACGUGUCCAAAACGACAGUCACAGAAACCAUAAACAAAGGACACCUCAGCUUUCCAUCGCCAUAGAUAACCUGUUUUCUUUCGAUUAACAGUCACAUUUGUUUUUCUUUAACCUUUUUCACUUAUUUGUGUUCCAAAAUUUUCCUUGGAAAUCAAAGGACAAGAGUCCAUACUUGUUUUUACGUGAUCUUUAAGGACCAUCUAAACAAUUUGCCAGGCAUCCCAUUUUAGCAAUCUCUUCCUGUCACAAAGCUCUCUAAAUUCCCUUUCCCAGUAGUCGGAACAGGAGAGAGCUAAGCAAUGGCUGCUUGCGCAGUAUACACCUCCCAAUCUCUCAAUUCAACGUGUUCAAUCUCCACACCAACAAAAACCCACUUAGGUUUUCACCAAAAGCAGGUAGUUUUCUAUAGCGCUAGCAAGAGAACCAGCAAGAGAGGUAGCAGCAGCGGCCCAUGUGUCAUAACCUGCUCAGCUGGUGACUCACAAACUGUCGUGAUUGGUUUGGCUGCAGACUCAGGAUGUGGGAAAAGUACCUUCAUGAGGAGGCUAACAAGUGUGUUUGGUGGUGCAGCAGAGCCACCAAAGGGAGGCAACCCUGACUCAAACACACUCAUCAGCGAUAUGACCACGGUGAUAUGCUUAGAUGAUUAUCAUUCACUUGACAGAACUGGAAGGAAAGAGAAGGGAGUCACUGCACUUGAUCCAAGAGCUAACGACUUUGACCUCAUGUAUGAGCAAGUUAAGGCUCUCAAGAGUGGUAUUGCUGUCGAUAAGCCUAUCUACAACCAUGUUACUGGUCUCUUGGAUCCUCCUGAGCUCAUUAAGCCCCCUAAGAUCCUUGUCAUCGAAGGACUGCACCCUAUGUUCGAUGAGCGUGUGAGGGAUCUCCUGGACUUCAGUAUCUAUUUGGACAUCAGCAAUGAAGUCAAAUUUGCAUGGAAAAUUCAGAGGGACAUGGCUGAGAGAGGACACAGCCUUGAAAGCAUUAAAGCCAGUAUUGACGCCAGGAAGCCCGAUUUUGAUGCCUACAUCGAUCCUCAAAAGCAAUAUGCUGAUGCAGUAAUUGAAGUGCUGCCAACUCAGCUCAUUCCAGACGACAAUGAGGGGAAGGUUUUGAGAGUAAGGUUGAUAAUGAAAGAAGGGGUGAAGCAUUUCAGUCCAGUUUACCUGUUUGAUGAAGGCUCAUCCAUCUCAUGGAUACCAUGCGGAAGGAAGCUCACUUGCUCUUACCCUGGCAUCAAAUUCUCCUAUGGCCCUGACACUUACUUCGGCCACGAGGUUUCCGUUCUGGAGAUGGACGGGCAAUUUGAUAGAUUAGAUGAACUCAUUUACGUUGAAAGCCAUUUGAGCAACAUCUCUACCAAGUUCUAUGGGGAAAUUACUCAGCAAAUGUUGAAGCAUGCUGAUUUCCCUGGAAGUAACAACGGAACCGGCCUCUUCCAAACCAUUGUUGGAUUGAAGAUAAGAGACCUCUAUGAGCAAAUUUCUGCAAGCAAAACUGCAACUCCACUGGAGGCAACAAAAGCCUAAAGAGUAUAAGAGUUUCCUCAUACAUUGGAGUAGGCAUUUGGAUUCCUCGUUUCAGUUUUCUCCUUUCCACUUCCUCCUCAAGUUUCAUUCGUGUGUUAGGCUGUCGCUCUCAUAAGAAUGAGUAUGCUCCUAUGUAUUUAUUCUGUGUUGCAAUUCUGUGAAUAUCUGUAGCAUAGAGAAACAAGAUCAAAGAUGAAAUUCAAGUUAAGAAGUUCAUAGAAGAUGAACCUUUUGACAUCAUCUCUUCUGUUGUUCCUAUUGCUUGUAAGCAUUUCUGAUGCUGUGGUUUUUGGCUUUUUUCUCGAAUAAGACGAUUGGCUAUGGAGCAUCGCCAUAAUGUGACGUUUUCCUUGAAUUUGUGUAACCUUCUCAAUAAUGAUUUAAACGGAGCACCUCAUGCUAAAAGGAAACGUUGCAUAAACCCAUGGUAAACAUAAAAGUAUGGCAGAUGGAUCCAAAUUAUUAAAGUUUGACCAACAUGGAUAACAAAGAGGGAGAAACUUUAGCAGCUUUCAUCCUGGACAGCUGAACUUCAAAUAGAGAGCAACGAAAUUCGUCAAUAGAUAAAAGAAUUGCGAAUUUGGAUCUCAGGGGAAACGUUAUGAAAAUCAACUAAAAUAUCUUUUUCACUAUCCAUGAUUGACCUUGAGCACUUUACCAUAUAAAAUUUUGCAUGUCCUAUGUAUAUGGUCUAUACAUUAGAAUCCAGACGGAACCAAUAAACACACGAGCUGCAACUAAGCAGAGAAGAUGGUAUGCAACUUUGCA